AUCGCAUAAAUAACUCUGAUAGCGUCAUCUGUGCUGUGAAAAACACGCACUCUUUAAUUUUAUUCAAAGGCGAAAUAGUAUUUAUGACUCUUAAAAUAUUCUAUAAAUAGUAAUAUCGAGGUUAAAAAAAUGAUUUUUUCUAGAACAAUUUCAAACAUAUACAUUUCCAUUUAUUCAUCUUAUCUUAUCUUAGAAAAAAUAUCCCUAUCGCUCCAAAUAGUUUUAUCUUUUCAUUCGUUUUUUGUUCUCAACAUACCCUAAAAUUUCUUCUAUAGUUAACAUGACACAAACUCAAUCUGAGACUGUUUGGAUGUGGGUCAUGUCUAAUUAUAACUCUUUCAUAUAAUAAUUCUUUAAUUUAGUCAUUCAAAACCCCAUGACGAUGAUCAUUCAUCUUCUUCGAAUACUUCUUCAACAUCACCAUUAUUGCAUUUAAAAAAAAAUCGUCAAAUGAAAUCUACAAAACUUGAUGAAAAUCAUCCGCCGCCACCGAAUCAACAUAUAAAACGCAAACGUAAAUUAAAUUCUCCUCUACCAUCAUCAUCAUCAUCUAAUCCUUCGACAAUAACUAGUGCACGUGGUCGUAAAAUUCAUAUAAAACGUCAAUCAGAUAAUGAAUCUGAUUUUGAUUCUGAUAUAUCAAAUGAUGAUUCAUUUUUUAAUUCAAAACAUCGUCGUACAUCAUAUAAAGAUUAUCAAACAACAUUAAAUGAUUUACAUAAUGCAUCAGAAAAUUUUAUUCAAGCAAAUCAAAAUUUUCAAAUCAAAAAUGAACGUUAUAAUUAUCAAAAUAUGACAAAAUUAAAUAAUGAAAAUCUUCAUCGAAAUCAUCUACGUGAUUGUUUAUUAGAACAAGAAGAUCAAAGAUUUUUAAAUUCAAUUAAUACUUAUUUAGAACAAUUUCGUCAACGUCUUUUAACUUAUUUUACAUAUAUGAAAUCAGAUAUUUAUCGUGAACAUUUACGUAAACAAUUAGAUAAUGAACUGGAAUUAAAUCAAACAUUAAAAACUAAAGUUAAUUGUUUAGAAAAUAAUAUCAAAGCUUUAUUAGAUGAUGCUAUAGAUUUAUUAAAAUUACGUACAAAUGAAUUAGGUAUUGAUGAAUUAGAGCGACCUGCACAAUUAAUAACAUAUGCAAAUGAUAUAUCAAAUAAACAUAAAGAAUUACGUUCAAAAGUUGCAUCACUUGAAAAAGAAAUUGCUGAUUAUGAUCAUGAAAAUGAAAAAAUAAAUUCAAUUCUAAAUAAUAUACAAACAAAUGGACAUCAAUCAACAUCAACAAAACAAUUAUUUAAUGAUAAUACAUAUUCAACAUUAUUAGUUAAUAUGAGUAAACAAACAGAACAACAAGAAAAUAAAAAACAAUUUAAAAAUAAUAUUGAACAACUAAUAAUAACACCAAGUAAACCGAAUCAAUUAUCUUGUUUACCAAUUAGUCCUAAUUUUUCUGUAGGAAAAAAGUUUGAUUUUGAUUCAAGUUAG